AUGGGUUGUAUCACUAGUACUCAACGUGUUGAUGUAACUCCAAAAUCUCCUUCAUGGAAAGAUGAAGUGGGUAAAGAGACCGUGCUUGCCGCUAUCACGAGGCUGGAUCAAGAUAUAGCUAACAGUGAAAAGUUUUGUCCAGCGCAGAGGUUAAUGACUGUGUCUGCUGAGUUGGAGAGCAUACAACAGGAAGUAAAAGAAUUUGAAGAAACUACUAGGCCUCUGAACAGCACUGAUUCGUAUCCUAAAUCUAUGCAUCAGAUGUUUGUCAGCUUAGACCUUUAUAGGCGUCCUAUAUUAGCGACGGAAAAUGAAGAUUUUGUGGCGAAUGUCAAUAGGAAGGAAAUGAGAAAAAUCGAGCUCAUGUGGCUUCGAACUCGGGAAAAGCAAUUACAAUGUGAAAAGAGAGUACUUCAUGCACAGUUAUUACGAAUACGUUCUCUAUAUACGCAAUUGCAACAGUUACUGGAUUGCAUUUGGAGUGACGGCCGACGUCCAGGGAUGCAGUUAGAAGAUGCGCUUGAACGUGUACACGCACUGCGUAACGCUCUCGCCUCGGUCAGCUCGAGGCUACGCGCCGCGGCGGAAUAUGCUCAAAGUGCUUUGAAACUUUUAGACAGUGCACUUCCGACGUGGAAGCUAGCAUCGAUUGGGAAAAGUGGUUGGGAGCGCACAUCUGCAUGCGCAGACGCAUGCAAGCUAUUCGUACACGCGCGGUGUCAGGAGCGAAGCGCGCGGCGAGUGCUAGCCGCUUCUGCUGCACCGCGCGCCGCUCGCGCUCUGAGGCUGGCUCUGGACUAUGCCUUUACUGAUACUAUGCACGAUUACAAGUAUCAAAGGGCUACGGAGACAUUUUUGAAUUUUAAAGAAGCAUUAAUUCAACUGGUUCAAUCUAUACAUCAGGUGCUAUUGAAUACCUUAGAAAACCUAGCAGUAGCUGAACAAGAAUUAACAGAAAGUAGAAGUCAGCUGCGAGCGACGAGGAUUAACGUUAUAGUGAAGCAAGGCCUAGCUGACUUGAGAUACGAUUCCGCCGCGCUUGACAGUUUGAGAAAUAAAAUAAAAUGU